ACUAACAAUGACAUUUCAUAUGAUUUUUUUACAGGAAGUGUGUAUUGUUUGUUGCAUGUGGUUUUGAAUGAAAUAUGUUGGCCUAAUUAGAGGAAAAAAUAGAGCAAGGUGAAAAGAAUUUGAAUGUCGUGCUUAACAGAACACUGUACUAAAGCUGAAUCCAUUCUGUCUGAUAUAAGCAUCAGAAUAUGUUUCUGUUUUCACCAUACACACAAUAUUCUCUCUCACUCUCUCGUCUCAUUCACUCACUCUCUCUAUCACUUCACUUCUUUUCUUUUUUCCCAUAAAAACCACACCACACCCCACCAUAACCCCACACACACUCAUCACGCUUCUUCUCCUUCCAUUUCCAUUUCUCAAAUACCCCACUUUCAUUCCUUGCGUUUUACUCUUAACUUCUCAUUCUUCAACAUUCUCUUCUAAACUCAACAAUGCCGUCAUCGGACUCUGGUGAGAGCCGCCGAUCAAUCAAACCACAGAACCGUCCCGGAGCACCUGCACCGGAGCAAGAGAAUCUCCCAUGUCCUAGAUGUGAUUCAACCAACACCAAGUUUUGCUACUACAACAACUACAACUACUCUCAGCCUCGUCAUUUCUGCAAAGCUUGCCGUAGGUACUGGACUCACGGCGGCACUCUCCGUGACAUCCCCGUCGGAGGCGGCACCAGAAAAAACGCAAAACGCUCCCGCACUCAUCAUGUUGCUGUUACUUCCUCUUCUUCAUCUUCCGCCGUCACAUCAGCACCGGAGCAUAGCUAUCAUUCAAUGGUGGGCCCCUCUUUUCCAUAUGGUGGUGUUGACGGUGAGGGAAAACAGAAUAUGAGUGUUUGCGGGAGUUUCACUUCAUUGUUGAACAACAACAACACUCAAAAUUCUGGGUUUCUGGCAUUAGGUGGGUUUGGGCUUGGGCUUGGAGAUAUGGGGUUUGGGAUAGGGAGAGGGGAAUGGAGUUUUCCUGGAAUGAUGGAUGGAUCAAACAUUGGUGUGCCGGUUGUGUCUUCUGGUAUCGGAAACUCGUGGCAGUUAGAAGGUGCAGAAAAUGGUUUUGUUGGCGGUGAUUGUUUCUCUUGGCCUGGACUUGCAAUUACUACACCAGGAAAUGGUCUCAAAUGAAUUCUUUUUGUUCUACAUUUCUUUUGGUUCCAAAGGAGGGUGUUCUGUUAGUUCAAUCAAGUUUAGUUUUUUUUUUUCUUCUUUCUGGUAUGUGGCGUGUGUAUGAGGAUUUGGGUAUGGGUAUAAUCAUCAUCAUCAUAGAUAGUACACCAGUGACUUUUAUUUUUUGUUUAUGUUUCUUUGGAAAUCCUUUGUCAUGUCUAUGUUCCUGGAUUAAUUAAUGGUGUUUUAUGACUCAA